CAAGGCGAGAAGAUCAAGGGGCCGCAGGCAGAUCGCAUCGCCUCUGCUCAAUAGAACCACGAUGGAGACGGCAUCGAUGACAGCCAACGACGGCGCGCCGUUCUUUCUGCCGCGGGACCCGCGCACGGCUCACUGGUACUUCUCGGGCAACAAGCCGCUAAUAACGCUUCUGAUCGUCGCCUAUGUCUACAUCGUUAAGGUGGGCGGCCCGCGGUUCAUGAAGAACCGCAAGCCGUACGACGGCAUCAAGCCGCUCAUCACGUUCUACAAUGCCUUCAUGGUGGUGUGCAGUGCUUACUACGUCUACGCUUUCUUCACAACCGCGUACAUCCGCAUUGGUUACAGCCCGAUCUGCCAGGGCAUAGACUUCGACGCCAGGGACGAAGGCACCAUGCAUCUGCUGAACCUCUACUGGUGGUACACGAUGGUCAGGAUACUCGACUUCCUGGACACCUUCUUCUUCGUGCUCCGCAAGAAGGAUUCACACGUAUCCUUUCUGCACGUCGUACAUCACACCAUGGUCGCCUUCAACGGGUGGUUCGGAAUCACCUACGGUGCGGAUGGCCAGGCGACGGCCUUUGCGGUCAUCAACGGCGCCGUGCACGUGGUGAUGUACACAUACUACUUCCUCAGCUCUCUGGGGCCCGAGGUGCAGAAAUACUUGUGGUGGAAGCGCUACAUUACGCAGUUGCAGCUUGUUCAGUUCGUAGUGCUAUUCGUGCAUUCUCUGAUGCCGUUCUUCUUCAACUGCAACUACCCCAGGUCGCACACGUACAUUACGAUGUCGCAAGCCGCUUUCUUCUUCGGCCUCUUCAUGAACUUUUACGUGCAAAGCUACCAGAAGAAGACGCACGUAGCGACGAAAUCCGUAGCUAACGGCAAGAUGCAUUGAUGCCGGCUUUUCUUUCUUUUUUUUGUGCGCCUGGUGUUUAAUGAACUUCUGCCGGAACUCUCGGUGGUUUUUUGCUGGCGAAAAACCGGUGUCUUGCUUACCCUUGCUGUGCCCUUGCGGCCCAAAUGCGGCUGCAAGAAUGUCAAGCGGACCGAGAUACUAGUGACGAGUACCGGUUAGUACUAUAGAUAUCUCUGCUGUAGUUCUAGCCCACAGUAAAGCCGUUCGUUGUCGCAUACGUCUAGGGUGCGUUUGGUAUGUUCUAAAUGUGUUUGUGAUAACCUGGGCCGUAUUCACGAAGAGUUGUCAUACUAAAGUUUUUUUUCUAAUGCAAAUUUCCUGCCAAUCCUGCUGCUCGGCACAUCACUAGCCAAGGCAUUCUGCCAAGGGCGAAGAGGGCUUACGAACAAAUAUAUUUGUGUAUGCUAGCCAGGGUUUACUAAGUUUAGCCGUUUAGCUUCAAGCGUUGCUGCUAAGGUUUCUCAGGAAUGAAAGUCGAAUUUUAACAGAAUCACUGCAGAUAUGCACCUAUCUCCUAGUCUUUAAUGCAGAGAUGGACAAGAAAUUGCGCCUGCAGUAUAUGAAUUUGGUUGGAUUUAAUGACAUGGUGAACAAAGUGCCGUGAACCUGUCCUUAUAGCUGUGAUGUUCAAC